AUGCGUUUCUCGACUAUUGCCGCGACGGCACUCGCUGCUGCACCCGCCAUCGUAUCUGCCGCCGGUACCAUGGGCUUCGCCCUGGGCACGAAAAUGCCCAACGAUGACUGCAAGAAGCAGUCCGAUUACGAGGCCGAUUUCGAUGCCAUCUCCCAGGCCUCCGUUGCUAAGAUCGUUCGAGGAUAUGCCGCCAACGACUGCGACUUCGCUAAGACUGUUCUUCCUGCUGCAAAGAAGAAGGGUUUCAAGGUCAUGCUCGGAAUCUGGCCCGAUGUCGAAGAAUCCUUCAACAACGACCUCAAUGCCAUCAAGGGCGUAGUCAAGUCCUACUCCGACUCCAUCUACGCCGUCACCGUCGGCUCCGAGACCCUCUACCGAGGCAACUUCACCGGCAGCGAGCUCAAGGACAAGAUCUCGCAGGUCAAGAAGGAGUUGGGCGGCAACAUCAAGGUCGGCACCGCCGACAGCUGGAACAAGUACGCCGACGGAACCGCCGACCCCAUCAUCGGCACCGCCGACAUCAUCCUCAUCAACGCUUUCGCUUUCUGGCAGGGUGACGACAUCAGCAAUGCCACUCACGUCUACCUCGACGACAUGUUCCAGGCCGUCACCCACAUUGAGAAGAUUGCCGGCGGCCACGACAAGGCCCCCGAGAUCUGGAACGGCGAGACCGGAUGGCCCACUGCUGUUGGCACCGACUACGACGACGCCAAGGGCGGAACCAAGAACGCCGAGCAGUUCUGGAAGAACGGCUUCUGCUCCCUCCUCGACUGGGGCUUCAACGCCUUCUACUUCGAGGCCUUCGACGAGCCCUGGAAGCCCUCCUCCAUCGGCGACAACGGAAAGGUCGCCGACGAGACCACCUGGGGCGCCAUGACCGCCGACCGCAAGCCCAAGUUCGCCCUCAAGUGCUAG